CGGAUGACGUUGCAAGCAAAUUCUUUGUUCUGGAUACUUCCUUGAAGAUGACAAUAGAUUACUCUGUAAUGUUAUGGAUUAACUCUCAUCCUGCUGGUAAUCUUCGUCUUUUAACGGCAAUACAUUUGUUCGAUGACCACAGACUUUUAAAUUUUGUUCAAAUCCGUGCGUUCACUGCGCCGCUUAGUUGUGUGAAUAUCACAUGACUUUUCCCUCCCCCCUACUCCGGUCUAAUGAAUGGGGAAGAAGGAGUCGGACAUGUUUGAAGGAAAUAUGUUGAAUAAAGAAACGUGGCCGAAGACAAGAAGAGAAAGGGGAAUAUUUCGAGCAUGAGGAUUUCAACGCCAUCUUAACUUUUUUGCGUUUUAUUCAGUCUCAAUAGAGGUAUAGACUGUUGAGCUUGUUUUUAGGUUUAUAAGGGACAUUUUUAGGGGACAUGAUUUUGCUUUUUAAUCAGUGAUAUGCUAAAAAGAUGUAGUGAUUGUGUGUAUGUUCUGUUUAGGUUAGUUAAGCUAAGAUACAUUUCAUAAUUUAAUGAAAUUGAGUAACUUGAGUUUCGUUUAAUUAGGUGACAUUGUUACAAUUCUAUAACUUUGGUAGUGGGGGGUGGGUAGCACUAGUUACUCAAGAAAGUUUCAAAUCGAAUCCCAGUACAUUUAUUAAGAAAACUCAUCUUUAAAUCUGUUUUUAAGCAGGUCGAUUGACCUGUGAUGUUUUAGUAUUGUUAAAGGUCCCUUAAUUGUAUGUAGCCUCGUAUUUUGGAUUAGGCCUGCUGUACAGAUAACGUUGAGUAAUCCUGUAGAUUCAUCGUGCAUUUUUGAUCAACCUUAAUCUUUUAGAAAUAUUUUAUGAAUAACGUUACUGGAGUAAAGUACGAUUAUUUUAUUUGUUGGCCUUGUAGACUGGGUGAAUCAUCAUACUACUUUGAAAAGACAACAAUUUUUUCUUCGAUUCGUCGUCUUUAACGUUUAAUAUGUCUCUUUUCAAUUACAUUUGACUUGCUACGUUUUAGACGGGAAAACAAUUCAGGCGCCGAAGCUGCUGCGUCAUUGUAUAGCAGACGUGUUCAUAGGCCGUAUCUCACGGGAGAACGGCGAGAACGCAGGGCUAAAAGCAAAAAAUAACAUGGAAUCAUUGUUUGAUAACGUUUACGUGUUUUGUCGAGGUGGGGACAGUGACAUGGUGACUUAAAAUGGUACGACUAUAUGUCGAUUUACCACUUUUGUCUUAUUGCAUAGUACAAAACUAAGUUGUUCAUGUGUUCAUUUUAAUCUCAUUGUGUUCUAAAAUGGCGACUUUGUCGAGGUGGAACUGUUUGCCCGCGCACUAAAGCAUCAAGGAGAACCUUGAGAGCAUGUUGCCUUUGUCUGAUACGCGUGACUAGUUCAUUGAGCCAAUCGCGCAGCUCGAACCCACCCCGGAUAAUCGCGCAUGAAUUUUUGUGACCAAUCAGCAGUCUAUGUGCCACACGUUGACGUAACCGAAAUGCAGCUCAUAUAUAUAUUGUGUGUGUGUGUGUGUGUGUGUGUGUGUGUGUGUGUAAAUAAAUGUGUGUAUGUAUAUGUCAACCGAAGAAAAGCGGAACAGCUCUAUUGGUGGGGGGGGCAUGGGUGCCCAGGGAGUGACAAUGAUGGAGCAGCCCAUGUCUGGCCCUGGCAAGCGCAUCCGCAAGCCAUCGCUGUUGUAUGAAGGUUUUGAGGGUCCUGUGCUCCCGCAAGUUCCCCCCACUGGACCCCCUAAGCCUCCAACACGGGAUCCCAGCCGGCAGGGUAGGAUGACAAACCAGCUGCAAUUCCUCCAGAAAUCAGUCAUGAAGCCUCUCUGGAGGCAUCACUUUGCCUGGCCUUUCCAUGAGCCUGUGGAUGCUGUAAAGCUCAACUUGCCUGACUAUCACAAGAUCAUCAAACAGCCAAUGGAUAUGGGCACCAUUAAGAAAAGACUCGAAAACAACUACUACCGCACUGCUUCUGAGUGUCUACAAGACUUCAAUACCAUGUUUACAAAUUGCUACAUAUAUAAUAAGCCAACAGAUGACAUAGUUUUGAUGGCUCAGUCACUGGAAAAGGCCUUCUUACAGAAGGUAGCACAGAUGCCUCAGGAGGAGGAGGAACUGCCCCCACCUAUCCCACGAGUCAAACACGGGAAACCUGGCAAAGGCCGCAAAGCCAUAUUCUCAGGUGGGAUAACGACAGCGCACCAGAUUCCUGCUGUGUCUUCAGUGUCUCAGUCUGCAUACUCUCCCCCCAUGCCGGACACUCCGGACUCACUCCUGUCCACCCCACCACAGACAUUGCUGGCUAAGAGUCUGCACCCCACUGCCCACAGUGCUCCAACAAUGUCGGGCCUACCCCCUACCCAGCCCACUGCAAAGAAAAAGGGAGUCAAGCGCAAAGCUGACACCACAACUCCGACAACUAUGGCUUUUCCUCUCACCAUUGGUGUUGGGGGUAUGGGCCUAGGGAUGGGCAGUGGAGACGACUCCCCACUCACCCUUUCUGCCCUUGGUGUCAACCCCAGCCAUGGCAUAAGCCUUGGUGUGGGCCGUGGUGGAGGUCUGAUUGGAGGGAAAGUCACAGCACGACGAGGAGGCAGUGGUCGGCCCAUCAAGCCACCCCGGAAAGACCUGCCAGAUUCACAGCAUCAACACCAGCAGGUGCGACGGGUGAAGCUUAGCCAGCAGCUGCGCUACUGCAGUGGAAUUCUCAAAGAGCUACUGUCAAAGAAGCACGCAGCAUAUGCCUGGCCUUUCUACAAGCCCGUAGAUGCAUCAUCACUGGGGCUACAUGACUACCAUGACAUUAUCAAGAAUCCAAUGGACCUCAGCACUAUUAAGAGUAAAAUGGAUCGACGGGAGUACAGGGAAGCAUUACAGUUUGCAGCUGACAUCCGACUCAUGUUUUCCAACUGUUACAAGUACAAUCCUCCUGACCAUGACGUGGUAGCUAUGGCCAGAAAACUACAAGACGUUUUUGAGUUCCGUUUUGCCAAAAUGCCUGAUGAGCCUCUGGAUUCCCUCCCACCUGCAUCUUUGAAUGAUGGAUUGGGCGGUCACUCCUCAUCCUCCUCCUCCUCCUCCUCCUCAUCUUCGUCGUCGGAGAGUGAAGUGAGCAGUGAGAGUGAGAGCGAGAGCACCCCCAGUUCAGACAGUGAGGAGGAACGAGCACACCGUUUAGCACAGCUUCAGGAGCAGCUGAGGGCAGUACAUGAGCAGCUGGCUGCUCUCUCUUCAGACCCCAUCAUCAAGCCAAAGAAAAAAAAAGAAAAGAAAGACAAGAAAAAAAAGAAGAAGCCAGAGAAGCACAAGCGAAGCAGAGCAGUGGUGGACAAUGAGAUGGUCAUCCGGGCUCCCAAAGCACCAAAAAUUACAAAGGCGUCAAAAAGCAAAAGUAACAGCAAGGCAGCAACAGCAUCUUCCACGCAAAGCAAGAGAGCACCCAGCAAGAAGAGCAGCAAGAGCAAGUCCUCAAAGAAGGCUCAAGCAGCCUCCAUCAGCUCUCAUGCACUGGCCCUCCCUCCCCACUAUGAUUCAGAGGAAGAGGAGGAGAGCAGCCCUAUGAGCUACGAUGAGAAGCGGCAACUUAGCCUGGAUAUCAACAAACUCCCCGGCGAGAAGCUUGGCCGUGUUGUGCAUAUCAUCCAGUCACGCGAGCCCUCGCUGCGUGACACCAACCCUGAGGAAAUUGAAAUUGACUUUGAGACACUCAAACCAUCCACACUGCGUGAGCUAGAGCGCUAUGUUAUGACAUGUUUACGCAAGAAGCCUCGGAAACCAUAUGUUGCAAAGAAAGGUGGUGUGGGCAAGUCCCGUGAGGAACUGGCUCUGGAGAAGAAGAGAGAGUUAGAAAGGAGGCUACAGGAUGUUAGCGGCCAGCUUAACUCGACCAAGAAGCCCCCUAAAACCAAAGUGGAGAAACCCAGUGUGGCAGAACCUCAUGCUGUGGCUUCUCGUCUCAGUGACAGCAGUUCCAGCUCGGACUCUUCUUCAUCCUCUUCAUCCUCAUCUUCAGACACUAGUGACUCAGACUCGGGUUGAACAUGCAAGUGAAGUGGGCAGAGAUGCAUUCUCAUGUGCACGUUGUCUCAGACAGUCAAAGGAGCCAUCGCUCUGUACUGCACUUGACAGAAGUGACUGGGAAUGUGGACAGAAGAAAAAAAUAGUCAAAAGUUUCAAGAAAGCAAGGUUUUUCUGUCUUAUGUGGUUGUGUAUGUACGCAUUGGAUGAAGAAUAGAGGCAAAAUAAUGCCUAUGCUGCAUAGAGAGGGAAAUUCAUGAAGAGAUGAGACUGUAGGAACGAAGAACAGCAUGGUUCCUUCUCUGCUGUAACUUGUUUUUUGUCUGUCUGUAUUUACUGUGUAUUUGAGCAUGUGUGUGUAUGUAUGCGUGUAUACACAAAGCUAUAAGUGUGUGUGUGUGUGUGUGUGUGUGUGUGUGUGUGUGGAGAUGUAUGUAUCUGUAUAUAUUGCUAUUGUCGGAAGAAAACCUUGUAUCUCCAAAAUAAUAACUUUAUAGGAAAAAGAAAAAAAACUAUUAUCAUGAAAUUUACAUACAAUGUCAAGGGCAAAUGACAAAAAUGGAGAUACGUGGUUUUCUUCUGAUAGCAGCGAUAUCUAUAUAAAUUUCUUUUAUAAAGAAGAACUUAAAGAAUCCCCUAGACGGGAACAAAAAAUUGUCUUGAGCAGACUUAUUUUGUAAGCUGUUUUUAUAAAGAAAAGGGGUGUGGGAGCUAUUGUUAGCUUUGUUUUUAUGAUAGGGUGUGUUUUUGCUUCGAGUUAGAAAUUCCAUCCUACUUCUGACACGCUCACAUUUGUGCCCACAUAAAAAUUAUGGUGAUUAUUUUGUAGCUUGAUGCCCUAGCUUUACAUUUGAAUAAACCCUUUCAUGCCCCAAAAGUAUACCUUGUCAAUUAUCAUCUUGUAAGUCUUAAAGCUGGCAGAGCUGAAAGAUGGCAUUCUUCACCAUGGCCUUCCAUUUCCUGUAAAAUGCCAAGAGCACUAGAAUGUAGCUGCCAUUUGCCAUUUCCUUUGGCUUGUACUGCCUAUCAUAACUAAUGUUAAAACAGUCUUUAUUUCUAGAAGACAGUGCUUUUUUAUUUGCAUGACAUUUUAUAGGCAAAUAAAUUGCUUCAUAUGUCAUGAAGAUUAAUUGCAUA